AAAAACACAUGGAGAGAGACAGAGGAAGGGAGUGAGUGGAACAGAAAGAGAGAGAGAUUGACUAAAUCCUGCUCAGUGAAAGAAGGGGAGCACAUUCACACCCUUUAGAGGACUCACAGGAAAGGAGAGAAACACAGUCAAACAUCAUUUCAGUCACAGCAAGGCUGCUGGGUUUUCAGUAAGGAGAAUCAGUGAAAAACAAAAACAUGUCCAGCUCAAUUGUACGACGACAUUCCAGCAAGAAAGGAUUGGAGAAACUCCAGAGAAUCACUGUUCAGCGCAGUCUGGAGGAUGCAGAAGAAAUUGAGAGAGAACGACGACGGCGUGCAAGAGCCAGUUCCUCUACUGAGCCUCCUAUGACCCCACAGGGCAGCCCCCGCACUGCACUGACUCUGGACAACCAGAGUCAGAACGAUCUGGUUCCAAGCUGUCCAUCCUCUUUGGAAGAAGAUGAAGGCUUCAGUGAUUGGACACAUCUCAGCAAGCGCAAACAGGGACAGAUGGACCAUAAAGAUGAAGAAACACAUCUCAACGGCUCCCGUCACUCAAAACUCCAGCUCAGUUCCAGCUCUGCUCAACAAAGCAAACUGCAUGAUAGAAAUGCGUAUGACAGCGCCCCAUUCAUACAGACAAGACACCCCCUUUCAAACCAGCAAAACCUGGAUGAGGAAGGUGACGAUGAAAACUGGGGUGCCAGCAGGGAGAACAUUAAGACAGCAGAGAGGGAGGAGGGAGAGGCUGGACGGUGGUGUGUGAAGGAGGACGAUCCAAGAAGGGUGAAAGGUCAUGAGUCAUCUUUCUGGAAAAAACAAAAUCAGAGCUUCGGCACAGAUGAGAGGAGAGAAAUGAAGGCAGAGAUGAAGAUUUCCUACACCUCCACAGUCCUCCUCCAACAGAAUGGGAGACAAUACAGUACUAAUGGACAAGAGAGGAGGAGAACAAAUGACAGAGAACUCAAGAUACAGAGCAACAUGGACUCUUCAGUCGAUUCAGCAGCUGUCAGCAGUCCAGAAAGUGUGUCUGAGGAGAUGUUUGUGAAGAGCAAUGAGGAGAACCAGCAGCACAGAGACGCUGGAGAUCAGACUCAUGAGGAGGUGCAAAGGAGAAUGAGAGAGGAGGAGCGAGAGAGGAAGAGGAGGGAUGUGAUGGAAAAGUUGAAGAGGUUGAGUAUAUCCAGUGGAGAUCCAGAGGAGCCCUUUAGUCCUCUCAGCCCCAGGAGCCCCUCCUACAUGGCUGAGGGUGAGGAGUGGCAAUCAGAAGGUACAAGCUCGAUUACCGAGAGGACUGAGUCCCUAAACCGCUCCAUCAAAAAAAAGAACAGCAUAAAGAAGACCCAGCCUCCCACGAUCAUCUCGAAGUUAGAUGGCAGACUGGAGCAGUACAACCAUGCCAUUGAGGAGUCUUGUAAAGAGGGCAAUUUAGUAAAAGUUAUGGACGUCCUAACACCACCAGAACCCGUAUCUGCUCGGAAGACCCUGUUUGAGGCGGGAGAAGCCUGGAAUCAGAAUUCAGCAAAGGCUGUUUGCUCCAAGGACACAGAGGGGAUGAAGGUGGGUGUGGCAGAUCUAAUUAACCAAUGGGUGAAAGGAAACAGUGACGUCAGCAACAAAAGCCCCUCCUCCAAAGCAGCUUGUCAGGAUGUUAAGGCUGGUGAGGUGCGUAACAUAAAAUCCAUGUGGGAGAAUCUGGGUGAUGCCUCACCACAGGAUAAACCAAAUGCAAAGGGUCUGGCUGGAAAAAGGUACAAAUUUGUUGAAAGUGGGCACGGGAAAUAUGAGAAGAUCUUCAUAAAUAAAGACUCAAACUGAAGAACAACUGGCUGCUAAUCACAAAGAUGUCUGAAGACAGGGUGCUGAUGUGAUCAUUGUUCUUCAGUUAUUGCACUGUACAAAAUUUAAACCCACUAAUAUUGAAAACUUGUUUUAAUUGUUUUAGAGAUUUUGAAUGAUUUAAGUGAUGAAGAAAAUCAAUUCAAAACAAACAAGUACAACUGACAGAAUUAUUAGGACAAGUGAUAUAUUUGGAAACAAGUAUGUUAAUGACGAAAAAAAAAUUGUGGGGUUUUUAAGUUACUUUUAUAACAUCUCAUUUAUGUGUCAAACCUUAAAUAAUUGGUGUCUGCUACUGGAGAGCCACUGUCCUGAUUUUUGUCUAAACAAAUGCAUUUUUCCACUUACAUGUGUAUUAUGUCAGAGUGUUUCAAUUCAGUAAGUGUUUAGUACAGGUGGAGGAACAACACCAGUCAGUAUUAAAUACAGAAUGUAGUCUGGAAGAGGGAAUCAGACAAUAAUCUGAACUGUCAUCUCUGAACCAGUGGCACAAAGUGCUAUAUACGAAUUAUAAUUUUUUUUAAAUGUUGGAUUAAAUAUUAAGUUCUGUUUUUGUUUAAAUAAGUUUAAGUUUAUUUUUGUUUAAGCUUAAUCCUGAACAUUGUAACUCACCAUUCUGCUCUCAUUUGUGUAAUAUCUUUCAGAUUUGUUUAUAUUUUCUCCAUAUAAGUGAAUAACAUUAAGUAGCAUUACACAGUCCUCACAUGUAAACCAAUCACCAAGUGACUGUGCAGUGGAAGAUGUAAUUGUCACAAAAAAUUAAUAAAACAAUAAUUUUCUGUGAA